GCUUAACACAUGUUGAUCUUGUACUUGAUGGAAAGAUGAUUCGUGCUAUUUCUACAAAUGCAUGCAAACAAAUUCUUCACGAUAUAGUUAUUCCAAAGGCAGUACAACAGAGACCAAUAUCUGUAACCUGUAUUUGCCUUGCAAGAGAUGAAGCAAAUGAAAGAGUGGUACGGGAUGCUAGAAAAGGAAUAGAAUACAAACCAGCAGAUGCAGAGACAAGUAAACGAUACCUGGCUAGUAAAGCCUACAGAGAAACAUACGGUGACGAUGUUGUGUGGAAGCAUUACAGACGGAAUUUUAGAGGUCACAUUGCUCCAGAAACAAGGUUAACAUGUGUGCGAAAGGGUUUUAUCAGUACUGGAAAUGCUUGUCCAGUGUGCAGAGACCAGUACUUAUGUCUCAGUUUUGAGAACAGGGACUUACUACAACAGUUUUUAGACCCAAUGACGGGAGAGUGUCUACCUAGUAAAGUCACAGGCCUGUGUCAGCAACAACAUAAACGCCUUAUGUUUGAGGUGGCCAAGGCUCAGGAUUAUGGAUAUUUAGAGAAAUAUUUUCCUCUGAGAAAAUACAACUAUUCAGAGUACUACAGGAUGGCAGGAUUGACCAAGGAAAUGUUGGAUGCAGAGGCAGAAGAGAUGAUGAAUUAAGACCAUUAGAACAGGACGAGAAUUCAUUAGGAAUUUUAUGAGUGGCAUUUGAUGAAAUAAAACAAAUUCUUAUUUA